CGGCGUUUUCUUUUUCUUCCACUCAUGAUCAGUCUGCAACAACCUCCGGCUUCCUUAUUUCAAGAUGUCCAGGAUUACAUCUGACUAGGCCACCGGGAAGUUAAUGGUCUCUAAACAACUGUGCCGGUCCCUCACUGCGUAAACCGUUACCAUGUUCAUAUCGGCCGAACAACAUCUUAAUGUGAACAUCUCACAUUACAGUUCGCAUAAUUUUCGUUGGUGGCUCAAAUCUCUCAUCCUCGGACGACCGUGGAAGGCAGUGCUCCCGAGCUGUAUACAUUCGGAAUCUCCCAGUGAGAGUAUUUUUUUCGUCGCCCAGCCCUCUUCCGACUCCAGCAGCCCUCCCACACUUCCAGCUUCAAGCAGGAACAAAGAAUCUGCUUUAUGACCGAUUUCUUGUCUUCUCAUAUACAUACGCUUGGCCUACUGGAUCAGCUGUUUUCCUGGACGUCACUGCUGCGACAUUACUAUUUCCCGGACAAUCCUGGAGCGCUUCUCGUAACCUUAUCUUCCCCGACCGAAGUAUCAACAUGGGGCUUCGACAGGACCGGCUGCCUGGCAUGGUUAAGCUGACUUAUUUUUCAUCACUGCCUUCCAGCAUCGCGUCGCCUUACGCUGUUUUGAUAUCGCAGGAAGAGACUUGCCACCCAUCAUUUCCCGCGACAAGCGUCUAGCCCUCAUGCAUGUCAAAGGCUACAGGACGAUAUUCCCACAAUACAAUGCACCUGAUGUUCUCAAAAAUCUAUAAAAUUCGAAAGCGCCCACCCCCUUCGUAUCGCUCUCUUCUCUCACCCUCGCACGAACUCCAACCUCUUCACCAAGCUUUUCGAGAGUCAGCCCGAUGUGGAGCAGCAUACCUAUCCUUUCAUGCCCGGGUACAUGUGGGGACCAGAUCGGCGACUCGGGUAUAAGACGAAAGAGGUUCAGGACAUGUACGCGACUCUAAAGGGUCAUUAUGACGGACUAUCCGCUCAGAAGAGUCUCGACGGCUUGGAACGAGCGUUUGGAGAAACAGAGGCUCGGGGCAAGAUACCUCUGACCAAAGAACAUAUAUGCUUCAUGAUCCACCCUAAGGUCGUUGCUAAGGAACUGGCCGAGUACUCAUACCCGGAAUACCCUCUCUCGCCGCUUGUUGACCAUGAGCUCGACAUCAAAUCCUCCUCAACUUCAAACGGUGAAAGUCCCACAGCGGUACCCAGAAACCCCACGUUCGUGCCGGAUCGGUUCAUGAAUACCCUCACACCUAUAUUCAUCAUCCGUAAUCCUGCUCGUAUGAUUCCAUCAUGGUAUAAGAACAUAUCCGAACACUUCGGUGGGACGACGAAGGACAGCGAAUGGCCCUUUACUGCAUCCUUCCGAUGGUGUCGUAUUGUCUUUGACUACUACGAAGAAUAUUUCAAGGCCCACCCGAGAGCUGGGUUUCCGAAUCUUCCGCUUGUCGUUGAUGGAGACGACCUUAUCCUUCAUACGACGGAUAUCAUGGAACAGACGUGUGAUCUCAUUCAUUUGGACUCGAGUGCGGUCAAGUAUACGUGGGAGACUGGAGAUCCGUACAGCUCCUGGCCUGCUGCUGCUGCUCCCGAGGACAUGAAGACUCCAGCCGUGCGUAAUGUUAUAGAGUCUUUUGGUGGUAACAUUGCUCGGUCUACCGGUGUGGUCAGAGAUGACAAGGUGAGAUUCCUUUGGGGGUUCUUCUUCUCUUCUGAUACUCCGCGCAACGCUUGUACAGAAAUACGCUAAGCCUCUUGUACUUGAGGAAGAAGCGAAGAAAUGGGAGGAGUCCUGGGGCAAGGAUGUCGCGAAUGAUUUGUUAGAGACUGCCAAGAGGGUAAUGGUGGAUUACGAUUAUAUGAUGGAGAGACGUAUUCGUCCUAGAGUAUAAUCAGGUAUCGUGAAUGAUUCUAUCGGUCGGAACGUCCUAGAGUCGUAUGGUGGUUGUAUGUAUAAGAGAAUUUC